GUCGUUGUUCCUUCUUUCCUCCCAUUAACUUCCUACUCGGCAAUAAUUUCAUCGGCACGCUCGAGUUGCCCGUACGGACGGCCCGUUGCCAGUUGCGUCCCCCUAUAAAAGCCAGGGUAGCCCAUAGAGGAGCCAGUGUGCACAUUGCCGACCAACAUGUACAGCACCGAGAAACUGAAAGUGCUACUCCUGUGCAGCCUGGCUUUGAUGGCCGUGGCCGAGGAGACGAAAAAGAAGAGUGAGUCUAGCAUCGAAAAAAAGGAUGAAAAAACGAAACGUGGCCUAGAACUGAGCCUGGGUAGUCACGGUUUAGGAGGAGGUUUCGGCGGAGGUCAUGGUAUCGGAGGAGGUGGCUUCGGAGGAGGUGGUUUUGGUGGUGGUGGCUUCGGAGGAGGCGAACACAUCUCGACCGAACAUAUUCCGGCGGUGACAAUAACGAAACAAGUACCGGUACCUGCGCCGUAUCCAGUCGAGGUCGAAAAACAUGUACCUUAUCCGGUAAAAGUACCAGUUAAGGUACCCAUCGAUCGACCGGUUCCCGUACACGUGCCAGCACCUUAUCCGGUAACGGUCGAGAAGCACGUGCCCUAUCCAGUGGAUAAGCCAGUACCUUAUCCCGUCAAGGUACCAGUCAAGGUGCCCGUCAAAGUGCCGUAUCCGGUCAAGGUACCUGUCAAGGUUCCUUACACCGUGACAAAACCCGUACCCUAUCCCGUUAAAGUCCCAGUCGUCGUAAAAGAACCUUAUCCCGUCGUGCUCGAGGAUCAUCACGGAGGUGGCGGUUUCGGCGGUGGAUUUGGCGACGGUGGUUACGGUGGUGGACACGAGCUCGAACUCGGUGGCUACGGUCAUCACUGAGAUCGGGCUGUGAUAUAGCACAACGACCAACAGGGACCUCACUCUCCGAGUUUUUCCUUCUUCUUAUCCUUCCCUUCCUCCACCGCAAACUCUCUUCUUCCUUCUACCUUUCGAUCAAAACCGCGCACCAACAUCAGAGAGAGGAGACCACUGCGUAACGUCCCACGAGGAAGAGGGAAUGACGCUCGUGGGUACAUUAGACUCUAGAGAAAAAUUUCGCUCGAUAGUAAGAACGGAAAAAAAUGAGAAUGCCACUGGGAACGAUCCUCCUGGCUCUCGUUCAUGUCGAAUGCACCGAUAUUGUAUUCGCUGAGAUUCUACCCGAACAACCUGUAUUAUAUUAUAUCUUCUUUUUUGUAAAU